UGGCUAUUUGAGAGGGGGGAGGGGCGGUGUAUUGUGGCGUGACGUUCUGUUCGCUCAUUGGUUCAGACUUCUGCACGAGCUGCCUCUCUGUGUGUCAGUUGAAGCUCAGUUGAGCUGAGUGGGUUAGCCGCGUAGCAACGUUAGUAGACGUCAGUUAGAUAUAAAAGUGACGGCUAUCGGAACCGGAGCUAGCCCAGCCAGCUCAGCCUAGACCAGCUCAGCUCAGCUCAGCUAGCUAGCUAGCCAGCCAGCCAGCCAGCCAGCCAGCCAACAUGGGGGAAGAAAUAGAGAAUCAGUCAGUGAACACAAGUUCGAAGACGGAGGAUGAAAAUCAUCUACCUGCAGAGGAUGGUGACGUGAAAUGUUACACGCGCGAGGAGGUUCAAGCUCAUAACAUGAGCAAAGACACAUGGCUGAUUAUCCACGAUAAAGUUUACGACAUUACGGGUUUCCUCGAAGAGCAUCCGGGAGGUGAAGAAGUGCUCCUGGAGCAGGCAGGUGGGGAUGCGACAGAGAGCUUCGAGGACGUCGGCCAUUCCACGGACGCCAGAGAGAUGCUCCAGCAGUACUACAUCGGAGAGCUGCACGAGGAUGACCGAAAGAAAGCGUGUAAAAAGGAAGUUUAUAUCACAACUUCGAAAGAGUCCAGUUCGUGGAGCACCUGGCUGAUUCCUGCCGUAGCGGUCGCUGUUGUAGGCUUCAUGUAUCGUUAUUACAUGUUGGAGCACAAAUCAUCUUGAGCACUACUCUGCAGCUCCUGGAUUCCCGAAACCGUCUCAGCACUGCAGUUACCGGUACAAGGUUACACAGCAGUACCUGACAGUCUGGUUGGUUUUGGAUCAGGAUCCAGUCUAGUGCAACAUUUGCUCUCUUUCAUCCAGAGGCCUUGGACUCUCUCUCUCUCUCUCUCUCUCUCUCUCUCUCUCUCUCUCUCUCUCUCUCUCUCUCUCUCUCUCUCUCUCUCUCACACACACACUUACAACAUGAUGUCUGACCAUCACUGCCCUUCUCAUGCCAGUGAGUUUACCAGGAACACGAGGAAUCACGGAAUUUUUUUUAAAAAUAAAUAAAAAUUUAGUUUCCUGUUUUUCUCUGUGCGUAUGAGGAGGAGGAGGAUUAGUGCAGGAUGAGGUCAGUCCGUGCCUCGGUUUGGACCAGCUCCUUUUCAGACUCUCCGCUUUCAUAUGCAGUUCACAUGCAGCACUGAAUAGGAACGUGUGUGUGUGUGUGUGUCCGUCAUUCUGUUCCUCACUUGUAUCCUCUCUUUGCUCUGACUGAACAUGGUGUGUUAUGCCGAGGGAUUUCAGGAUUAUAACUUAUGAACAUGUGACUAUCCGAUCUUUCCCAAGUCCCCGAUUAAAGGUCGUCCUUGAACUACGUUAGUGUAAUCGGGUCCGGUCGAAGGUUACGCAGUCGAACUAGAUAUCUAGAUAUGCAUUCAGUAAAAAAAAAAAAAACAGACUUUACACUCAGCUUCCCUUAAUAACUUGCAUCAUUACUGACGUUAUUUAACCCACAUAUACCUUUUUGAUAAAUGCUUUUUAUAUCGUUAUUGUUCCAGCACUGGUAGGGCUGUGUGACUACAGUAGUGUUGAGUGUGUCAGGUUCGUUUAUUAAAAGCCAAACCAAUACAAAUGUGAAAAAUAAAUAAAAUAAAUAAAUAAAAUCCUAUUAUUUAUGGUACAUCUACAAGUUCAACAUUCCAAACGAAUCGCCGCAGUGCUUGUUUUAUAAUGCGCAGCUUUGAGUGAGUGUGCAUUCUCUCUCCACGACAAAGACUCGAUUUAAACAAUUCUACACUAGAGGUGGGCGAUACGGAGAAGAAGAAAAAAAUCUGUAAAAUCGUACUUAAAUUUAUGAUACGUGAUAUGGAUCUCGAUAUAUAGGCAGGAGUUUCCCAAACAGAGUCUGCUUUUUUUUAUUAUUUUUUAAAAUUAAAUAAUAAAUUUAAUGUCUACAAAUUUGCACAAGGAGCAAGAAAAUAUUUUCAUAAAUUCUUACAAUAAAUAACAGUUUUGAAUUCUAUACAGCUGCCUUCGAAUCACUUUUUGUAAUUGUUUUAAUAAUAAUAAAAAAAAUUCACUGUGCGGUAUCUCAAAACAGCUUCGUGACGAUCGAUCGUGAUAUCGGAGCUCUGAACA